AUGGCCGACAGCAUUAUCUCACGCGGCCAGGGCAUCGCAUCUGCAGAUCCGGAUCCCUCCGUCUACUUGCAGAUUGGAAUUGUGCAAAAAGCGCUGCUAGGACUACUAAGCUUGCCCAAGGUCUCACAUUGCGUUGGCCAAGAUUACCGAAACUAUGUACAGAAGGGUAGUGAUAGUAUCUUGGGGAAGUUGCUCAACGCAUCUCAAGAUACUUCGUACCCUUUAGAUCGGCUCUCACUUGGCCGGGGUUUGUUGAUGGAGUAUAUCGACAGUGACCAUAACCAGACCGUGGAUGCUGCAUUAGAUGCAUUGAAUGAGUCGAUUGAGCUGCAGAAGAGAAAUCAGUAUGGCGGACUGUGGUACUUCACUUACCCUAAUUGGAGCUACCUGGAUGGGAUGUUCUCAUACACUUCUUUCGCAUCCCUCUACACCUCCUUCUUCAACCCAUCUGACACGAAAAAUACGACAGAUCGCAUAAUUUAUCAAUUGGAUCUGCUCUGGUCGCAUUGUCGCGACAAUGCCACUGGCCUUCUAUUCCACGGGUAUGACGCGUCAAAAUCCGCCUCUUGGGCGGACCCCGUCACCGGGGCGAGUCCUGUUGUUUGGGGUCGGGCGCUUGGUUGGUACUUCAUGGCGCUGGUCGAUUGGCUUGAGAUGAACACGUUUCAGACACAGUCACUUCAAUGGGCCCAGGUUCAUUCGCGGUUUGUUGCUCUUGCAGAUGCGAUCGUUGAGGCGGCGGAUCCUGCCUCUGGGGCAUGGUGGCAGGUUCUAAACUUCUCGGGGCGAGAGGGGAAUUAUAUCGAGUCGAGUGGGAGUUCUAUGUUUGUUUAUGGCCUAUACAAGGGUGUAAGGCUCGGUUAUUUGUCUUCGGCAGCAGAAAGGCAUCGAGAAACGGCGAACAGGGCCUAUGAGUAUCUGGUUGAUACGUUUGUGGUGAAGAAUGACAAUGGAACUUUGGGCUGGAAUGGAACGGUGUCGGUGUGUAGUCUAAAUUCCCCGGCUACGUAUGAGGUAUUCUUUUCAAUGUCCUUUGGUAAUGUCGGUUUGGUUGCUAACGAGAAUGACCAGUACUACGUGACGCAACCGUUGCUGUUUAACAGUGUGCACGGGUCGGCAUCGUUUGUUCUUGCGAGCCUAGAGAACGAGAUGCAAGCAAUAUAA